UUUGACAUAGAAAAUUAGUAAAGUUCAAGAACCAAACUUCAAUGUCUACUUCGAAACCCAUCUCCUCCUUCCGACUCACCUCUCUCCUCCGCUCUCAGAAAGACCCUUCACUGGCCCUUCAACUCUUCCUCAACCCAAACCCUAACCAUCCCUCCGUCCACCCAUUCCGCCAUUCCCUCCGCUCCUUUGACCUCAUUAUCACCAAACUUGCCCAAGCCAAAAUGUUCCCCCAAAUGGAACAGCUCCUCAACCAACUCCACACCCAAACGCGCUUCCCUACCCCCGAACCCCUCCUCCGCCACGUCAUCGCUGCCUACGCGCGCGCCGGCCUCCCAUCGCGUGCCCUCCGCACCUUCCUCUCCAUCCCCGCCCCCUCNCUCCGCUCCUUCAACUCCCUCCUCCACGCGCUGCUCGCCUGCCGUGACUUNGCCUCAUUCACNCGCCUCCUGCCGCACCUCCCCCGCUUUCGCGGUCCCGACGCNUGCUCCUACAACAUCCUCAUCCACGCNUGUUCUCUAACNGACGACCGNGNUCGGGCNUGGAAGCUGUUCAACGAAAUGCGUAGGCGAGGCGUUCGUCCGAAUCAAAUUACGUUCGGAACUCUGAUUAACUUGCUGUGCAAAAGCCCUCAAUUGCACCUUCCCCAGGCGUUUAAGGUGAAGGANGAGAUGGAUANGNUUUUUAAAAUUAAGCCUAAUGNUUUUGUGUACACUAGUUUGAUUAAAGCUGUUUGCGAGGUGGGUGAUUUUGAUUCCGCGGUUAGGUUGAAAGAUGAGAUGGUGAGGAACAAUUUGAAGCUUGAUGCUGUGGUGUACAACACUUUGGUUUCAGGGUUUUUAAAAGGAGGGAAGAAGGAUAUAGGAUUUAGGGUUUUGGAGGAAAUGAAGAUUGGUGGUGUGAAGCCGAAUUCUGUGACGUGUAAUGUGUUAAUUGGGGAGUUUUGUAGGGAGGGGAAGUUUGAAGAGGCUUAUAGGAUUUUGAAUGAUGGGUUAGAGGGUGUGAAGCCUGAUGUUUUUGGCUACAAUGUGGUUAUUGGUUGGCUGUGUGAAGAGGGGAAAUGGAGGGAGGCUGAUGAUUUAUUUGGGGACAUGCCAAGGCGACAGUGUGUUCCUGAUGUUGUGACUUACCGCACCUUGUUUGAUGGGCUUUGCCAGUGUAUGCAGUUUGAGGAAGCUGGGUUGGUUUUAGAGGAGAUGAUUUUUAAAGGCUGUGUUCCUCGUUCCUCCAGUUUGAAUGUGUUUGUUGGUAUGGUGUGCAAGGAAGGAGAUUUUGAGUUACUAGGGAAGGUUUUGAGUGGUUUGGUAGGUGGGGGAUUUUACUGUGAGGAUCUGUGGAAAACUUUGGUCUUAUUGGUUUGUCAAUCUGAAAAGUUGUUGGGAGCUUUUGAGUAUUUUGAUGAAUUGGUGUUGGCAUGAAUUUUAUAUUGGGUUUCCGUGAAUGUGCAGAGAGAUAUUCUGUUACAUGAAAGGAUAUUCCGGAAGAAGGUGAUAUGCACAAAUUACUGUUUUAUACAGGUGCUGAUUAUGUGUUGCAUAAGUUUUUUCUAUCUGAUAAUGCAGAAAAUGAGCUGAAUAGGCUAAAGUUGAGGUUUUCUCAGAUAUAUUAUGAUAUUCUAUUCAGAGGCUAAAUUUGUCUGGCCAAUUUGCUAACAUUGGUGAAGAGGAAGAUAUCAAAUUUACAUUCAUGAGCUCUGCCUCAUCUACCAUGUCUACAGUGGAAGAUAUUGCCCGCAUUGAGGAUGGUGAUCAUUAAG